AUGUCCAGUCAUCUCUGGCUUGGAGAGACUAUAACCUCUUUGGACUAUAAUCUCUUCCGGGAUUUGAUCAUCCACACAAAAUGGGUUUGUAAUGACCGUGUUACCCUUGUUGCAGUUCCAAGAAAUUAUGAUCCUGUACUGCAUCCUUUUGAGGUUCCACGGGAAUACGUAAGAGCUCUGAAUGCAACAAAGCUCGAACGUGUGUUUGCAAAACCCUUUCUUAGCUCACUUGAUGGCCACAGAGAUGGAGUUAACUGCAUGGCCAAACACCCAAAGAGCUUGUCUACGGUGCUUUCUGGGGCUUGUGAUGGAGAGGUUAAAAUUUGGAACUUGACCAAGCGACAAUGUGUUCGUACUUUACAAGCCCAUGAGGGCUUUGUGCGGGGCAUGUGUGCUCGUUUCUGUGGUACCUCAUUCUUUACUGUUGGUGAUGACAAAACUGUGAAGCAAUGGAAAAUGGAGAGUCCAGGAUAUGGAGAAGAGGAAGAACCAAUUCAUACAAUUCUUGGAAAGACGGUAUAUACAGGAAUUGAUCACCACUGGAAAGAAGCUGUUUUUGCCACCUGUGGCCAUCAAGUAGACAUUUGGGAUGAACAAAGGACAAGUCCCAUGUGUUCUCUGACAUGGGGCUUUGAUAGCAUAAGCAGCGUAAAAUUUAAUCCAAUUGAGACUUACCUUUUAGGAAGCUGUGCUUCUGACAGAAAUAUUGUGCUGUAUGAUAUGAGACAAUCAACACCGUUAAAGAAGGUAACAUUUUCCUUCCUUUUUAUCUCUUCUUAAUAAAAGCUUAUGGCAGUAAUAU